AUAAAAACCAUCACCGAUCGGUAUUGAUCAGUUUAGUUGCACAAGAAAAUCGACCGUUCAAACCUCGUCGCAGUAAUUCGGAGUUAAUUUCUCUCAGCAUCCAGUAACAUUAAGCAGAAUGACUAAGUUGUUGAUAUUGACGAUUUUCGCUAUCCUGACAGUGACGUCGGCUGGUUCAUCGGGAGGCCCUAGCGGAAGUCAUGGUAAAAGUCCCUACGUAAAGAAUGAAGGUGGAGGUGGCCAUGGACAACAAGGUUUUGGGCAAGGAGGUCAUGGUCAAUCCGGAUUUGGAGGAGGACAUGGUCAAUCCGGAUUUGGAGGAGGUAAUGGUCAAGGAGGAGGACAUGGACAGUCUGGCUUCGGAGGAGGACACGGGCAGUCUGGUACCGGAGGAGGACACGGCCAGUCCGGUUUCGGAGGAGGACACGGUCAACACGGUGGGGGUCAUGGUUUUACUCAAGGUCAACAAGGACAUGGCGCCGGUGGACAGGGACAUGGACACGGGCAUGACCAUGGUGGUUACAAGAAACAUGGAUACUAGAAAUAUGACUUAAUAAAUUUUGUAGACGAUAUGCACACUGUUA